CCAGAUAGGUCCGGGUUGUGGCUAGUGGUUUUGACUCCUGCUUUGAGAUAUGGCUGAGGGAGGCUGUCCUUGGCCUACUCUCUGGAGAGCUAUGACUCAUGGGUCGUCCAGUCUUCUCCCUUUCCCUUUUCUGCUCCUGAUGCUUACUGGGGCUUCUUGGCAGGCUCCCCAUUCUUCCCAGCCUGUGCAAGUACAGUGCCUGGAGUCCCAUAUGGUGGUCAGUGUUGAGAGAGAUCUGUUUGGUACUGGGAAACUGGUCAAAGCAACAGACCUCAGCCUGGGCCCAGGGGGCUGCAGGCCUGCAACUUUGCAAGAAGAUGCCCAAGUAGUCACCUUUGAGGUUGGUCUCCAUGAGUGUGGCAGUGUUGUGCAGGUGACUCCAGAUGGGCUGAUAUACCGCACAAGCUUGUUCUACCGCCCACACCCAGUUGGAAAUUUUACCAUCUUAAGGACGAAUUGGGCAGAAGUUCCCAUUGAAUGUCACUAUCCUAGGUGGGGCAAUGUAAGCAGCAGAGCUGUCCAGCCUACCUGGGUGCCCUUCAGGGCCACCAUAGCUUCAGAGCAGAAGUUUGGCUUUUCUCUACGCCUGAUGAAUGAUGACUGGUCGGCUGAGAGUAGCUCAGGUGGGUUCCAGCUGGGCGACACAGCCCACCUUCAGGCUGAAGUCCACACUGGCAGCCAUGUGGCCCUGAGGCUCUUUGUUGACCACUGUGUGGCGACACUGAGCCCAGACAAGAACUCAGAGCCCCAUUAUGGUAUCAUCGAUCACCAUGGGUGCCUGGUAGAUGGCCUUUCUGACUCCUCUUCUGCCUUCAGAGCCCCCCGGCCUAAGCCAGACACUCUCCAGUUCACAGUGGAUGUGUUCCACUUUGUAAAUGACUCUCGGAAACUGAUCUAUAUUACAUGCCAUCUGAGGGUCACUGCCACUGACCAAGCCCCAGACCAAAUAAACAAGGCUUGCUCCUUCAACAAGUCCACCAAUACCUGGUUUCCAGUAGAAGGACCUCCUGACAUCUGCAGAUGCUGUAACACCAAAGACUGUGGAAACCCAAUCAGGUCCAGGAGACUACAUCCUAUCUCUGCAAAGCCAUUCCAAAAGCGACAAGUGAGAGAAGCAGACAUCACUGUUGGGCCUGUGUUCUUGGCACUGAAUGUCAGCCACCACACCCCAUGGGAACCCAUCCCAGAUUUCGUGGAAAAGUACGCAGCCCUUAGCCUGGGCCUGUCUCUGAUCACUGUCUUGGUUUUUUCCUUAGUCAUCAUGGCCCUGGUUCUCCUCUGUAGGAAGCACAACGGUGCCUCUUGA